UCUCUUCCCUCCAGCUAUGCCCCCUGUGUCUUUUAGCGCUGCUUUGGCACAGCCUGGACCUGUUCCUCCCCUUCCCUCACCUGCCCUCUCUCCUUUCUCUCCCGUUCCCCAGCCUUUUUGUCCUUUGACUGCACCUGACCAACCCUCCCCAUUCUCUCUUCCUUCAACCCCUGGCUUAAACACAGGGGCUUCUUGGCCUUCUGUAGCACCCUUUCCCCAGGCAACCCUCCCUUUGGGGGCUGGUCUUCCCCAAGCUCCAGCCACUUAUGCUUUUCCCCCAUCUUCCCCCGUGGGCACACCAGCCUUUCUCCCAGAUCUGAUAGGACCUCCCAUCUCUCCAGCUGCCCUAGCUCUGGCUUCCCCUAUGAUUUCCCCAGCUUUGAAAGGUGCCCCCUCCUCUUCAGCUCCUUUGUCUCUGGUGGCCCUGGCCCCCACCUCUGCUCAAAAGAGCCUGGAUGCUUCACCUCAUCCAGUGAGCCCAACUACACCUGGGACAGUCACAUCUCUGCCAACUCCUCCUAAUCCUAGAAUUCCAGUCCCCAAAGUGGCUUCCACCUCUGCCACAAUUACCCCUGAGGAAUCUGGUGACCUAAAAGGCCUUUCCACCUCUCCAGAUGUUGUCACUUCUCUCCCACCACAUCUUGGAACUCCUCUAGCCUCUGAGUCAAACACCAUUCUCCAGACAGGCCCUCCCUUACCUGUUUCAGUCCAGGCUGCUCCUGCAGCAACCCCUUCUCCAACAGCCAUUGCUCCAAAAGCCCUCUCUACUGCCUUCACUCCUCUUCUAGGCUCUCCUGUCUCACAUGCAGAACAGAUUGUUUCUCUUGGUUCUGAAGCUGCAGUUCAGAUAGGCUCUGAUAGUUUCUUAAAACCUAAAAGCCCUACCCCAGCCACCGUUCCUCAAGGUAUCUCUUCCCAGGGACCUUCAACCUCUACAACCCUAGAAUCCUCUGUCACUCUAUUUCCAAAAGACCCUCUGGUUUCUCCUGCUGUGUCCAGUUCACCUGUAGGGAGCCCAUUUUCCUUACUGAUGCCACCUGUUCAGAAAGAUCCCUCUUCUGGACUACCGCUUGUUGCCACUUCUCUACCAGUUCCACCUGUUCUUUCUUUAGGACCCAAAACUCCUCCCCUUGGAAGUCUAUCCCUAGAAGGAACCUCUACUCCAGUUGUAACAGCCACACAAGUUGGCAUGCUGGCUUCCCCUGCUGUAACUGCUACUGUUCCCAUUUCCCUUGAGGGAAGCAACUAUCCAUUGAGUAACCCUUUUAUUCCUUCAGAUUCAGCAGACCCCAAGCCCAAAAGGGAUCGUGUUGUUCUCCCCACAGCCUCACCUCUGUCUCCUGUGGUUCCCAAGGAUCCUUCUGUUGUCCCCAUGUCUCUUGGCGUCUCUACUCCAAUCCAAACAGAAUCUCCAACCAAGAAAGUACCUAUUACGUUACCUUUGGCCCAUGUGGCUCCCAAAAGCCCCUUAACUUGUUCUUUGAAAUCUUCACCAGGCUCUCCAUCUCAGGAGACCACUCCAGCAAAAAAAGAUCUUGUAGGAUCCCCUCUUCCUGCUGUAGUUCCCUCUCUGACAGUCGUAGCUACUCCAACCACAAAUGCAGACAGUUCUACCUUAGAGGUCUCUGGUACUCCAAAAGUGCCCGUAGCCAAAAUAGAUCUUUCUGCUACCUCUCCUUUAGCCUCUCCUCUUGUAGACCCGGAUAGCUUCCCCAGCUCUGUUAGCCCAGCCCUCAAAGGCUCCCCCACCACACCAGCUGUAGUCCCCUCUCCUCAGAGGUUCCUUUCCUCUUCAGUUCAGAUGGACUCCUCAAAGAAAAAUCCGGAUAUUCCACUUACCCUUUCCCCUGUAGCACCCAAAGAAACCACCAGUAUUCCAGCUGCAACUCUCUCUUCUGCAGCUCCAAAAGACCAUAUGGCUAAAAAGGGUCCUGUAUCUCCUGAAAGUCCCCAUAUUCCCUCAACUGUAACCAUUUCUCCUUUGGGGGCCUCUGUUACUCCUCAGACUCCAGAGGUGCUCCCAGAUAAGAAGAGCUCUAUUCCCCAGAGUGGCCCAGUUCCAUCUGUUUUAUCAGCUACUAUAACUCCAUCCCCCAAAGAGACUUCUGAUUCCCCAGGAGUAGCUACCUCCUCUUUAGAGGCCACUGGCACUCCUAACAGAUCCCCUACUGAAAAGGACUCUUUCCUCCUUGCCUCUGAUCUGGCCUCAGCCACUCCAUCUCCCAAAGGGGCCUCCAAUACUUCGCCAUAUAUGCCCCCUUCUACCCCUAAAGGGGCCUCCACUAUCCCACCAGCUACAAAGCCACUGUCGCCCCAAAAGGCCCCCACUGUUCCACCAGGUGUGCCUCCAGCUCCCAAAGAAGCCACCACUACUCUACCAGCUUCAGCUCCACCAUCCCCCAAAGGGGCCCCCAUUAUACCAUCUGUGCCUCCAGCCCCCAAAGGGGACCCCACUCCAGCUGUAACUGCCUCUCCCUUGGAGGCCACUGUCUCCCCUCAGGCUCCUAAAGGAUCCCCAGCCAAGAAGGACUCUGCUACUUCCCCUGCAGCCCCUAAAGGUGCCCCUGCUCCCCAAGCUGCUUCCCUGUCUCCAAAAGUCAUUUCUGAUGCCUCGUCUAUAGCCAUCUCUCCUUUGGAGGCCACAGCCCCCUCUCAAACUCCUAAGGGAUCCCCAGCCAAGAAGGGCUCUGCUACUUCUCCUGCAGCCCCUAAAGGUGCCCCUGCUCCCCCAGCAUCUGCUUCUCUGUCCCCCAAAGUCACUUCUGAUGCCACUUCUCCCCUGGAGGCCACAGCCCCCUCUCAGACUCCUAAAGGAUCCCUAGUCAAGAAGGGCUCUGCUACUUCCCCUGCAGCCCCUAAAGGUGCCCCUGCUCCCCCAGCAUCUGCUUCUCUGUCCCCCAAAGUCACUUCUGAUGCCACUUCUCCCUUGGAGGGCACAGCCUCCCCUCAGGCUCCUAAAGGAUCCCCAGCCAAGAAGGGCUCUGCUACUUCCCCUGCAGCCCCUAAAGGUGCCCCUGCUCCCCCAGCAUCUGCUUCUCUGUCCCCCAAAGUCACUUCUGAUGCCACUUCUCCCUUGGAGGGCACAGCCUCCCCUCAGGCUCCUAAAGGAUCCCCAGCCAAGAAGGGCUCUGCUACUUCCCCUGCAGCCCCAAAAGGUGCCCCUGCUCCCCCAGCAUCUGCUUCUCUGUCCCCCAAAGUCACUUCUGAUGCCUCAUCUGUAGCCACUUCUCCCCUGAAGGUCACGGCCCCCUCUCAGACUCCUAAAGGAUCCCCGGCCAAGAAGGGCUCUGCUACUUCCCCUGCAGCCCCUAAAGGUGCCCCUGCUCCCCCAGCAUCUGCUUCUCUGUCCCCCAAAGUCACUUCUGAUGCCUCAUCUGUAGCCACUUCUCCCCUGGAGGUCACGGCCCCCUCUCAGACUCCUAAAGGAUCCCCAGCCAAGAAGGGCUCUGCUACUUCUCCUGCAACCCCUAAUGGGGCAACUAUCUCUCCUCAGACUCCUAAAAGGUCUAAAAGGGGAUCUGCUGCUCUACCUGACUUAGCUCACAAAGAGGUUCCCACUUCAUCAGAUGUGAUUCCACCUCCCAAAGCUGGCCCUGUUCCUCCAUCUUCCAAAUCAACCUCCCCUUCCACAGUGUUGACCGUAAUCCCUAAAGGGGCCACUAACCACACUUCUGAAGUGGGCUCACCUUUGGAAGCCGAUGUCUCUCCUAAAGGUCCCCCAACCAAGAAGGGUUCUGCUGCCCCAUCAGCUCCCAAGAGUACACCUAUUGUCCCAGCUCCAAAAGGUCCAUUAGCCAAGAAGGUCCCUCCUCCUUUGCUCCCUAAACAGCAGCCUCUUCUGCCGUCCUCACCUGGGCUGGUGCCCGAAGCACCCUGUAAAUCCCAAGCCCCAGCUGAUGAGGACGAGCUGCCGCCACUGAUCCCCCCGGAACCACCCUCAGGGGGAGUGCCUUUCCAGCCGGUCCUGGUGGAUAUGCCCACCCCCAAACCUACUGGGGUCCCUGCCCCGAUCCCUACUGCCAAGCAGCCCGUUUUGAAGAACAACAAGGGGUCUGGAACAGAAUCUGACAGUGAUGAAUCAGUACCAGAGCUUGAGGAACAGGAUUCUACACAGGCAACCACGCAACAGGCCCAGCUGGCAGCAGCCGCUGAAAUUGAUGAAGAACCAGUCAGUAAAGCAAAACAGAGUCGAAGUGAGAAGAAAGCACGAAAGGCUAUGUCCAAACUGGGACUUCGACAAGUAACAGGGGUUACUAGAGUCACUAUCCGGAAAUCUAAGAAUAUCCUCUUUGUCAUCACAAAGCCAGAUGUCUACAAGAGCCCAGCUUCAGAUACCUACAUAGUCUUUGGGGAAGCCAAGAUUGAGGAUCUCUCUCAGCAGGCACAGCUAGCUGCUGCUGAAAAAUUCAAAGUUCAGGGUGAAGCUGUUUCAAACAUACAGGAAAACACACAAACUCCAACUGUACAAGAAGAAAGUGAAGAAGAAGAGGUUGACGAAACAGGUGUGGAAGUUAAGGACAUAGAAUUGGUCAUGUCCCAAGCAAAUGUAUCCAGAGCAAAGGCUGUCCGAGCCCUAAAGAACAACAGUAAUGAUAUUGUAAAUGCUAUUAUGGAAUUAACAAUGUAACAAUCUGGAGACAAAGACAUUUUUUCAGUGUUUCAGAGAAGAUUAAAUGCAACCUGAUUUGAAAUUUGUACUGUUUCUAUCAAUAAAGUUGUGGCUUCUUGUUGGAUGAA